AUGGAAUCAACAAUGAAUCCAAACGAUACAUUUUUAUUUACAUCAGAAUCGGUUGGUGAAGGCCAUCCUGAUAAAAUAUGUGAUCAAAUAAGCGACGCAGUAUUAGAUGCCUGUUUAGCCGUUGAUCCUAAUUCGAAAGUCGCGUGUGAAUCGUGCACAAAAACGGGUAUGCUGUUGAUAUGCGGUGAAAUCACAACAAAGGCCAUCUUAGACUAUCAACAUAUUAUUCGUGACAAAGUGCGGCAAAUUGGCUAUGAUUCAUCAGACAAAGGAUUCGAUUACAAAACGAUGAAUGUUCUAGUGGCUAUUGAACAACAAUCGCCGGAUAUUGCACAAGCUGUACAUGAAAAUAAACGUGAUGAAGAUAUUGGAGCCGGCGAUCAAGGAUUAAUGUUUGGCUAUGCCACAGAUGAAACCGAUGAGUGUAUGCCGCUUACCGUGAUACUAUCACAUCGUUUAAAUCAAAAACUGUCAGAAUUGAGGCGAAAUGGUCAACUACCAUGGCUUCGACCUGAUACAAAGACACAAGUGACAGUUGAAUAUAAAUUUGAUCAUGGUGCGUGUGUUCCUCAACGUGUUCACACAAUUGUUAUAUCGACACAACAUGAAGAACAUAUCACCAUGGAAAAAUUGAGAAAGGAUUUAAUGGAAAAAGUGAUCAAAACUGUAGUACCAGAAAAAUAUCUGGAUGAAAAAACCGUUUAUCAUUUAAAUCCAUCGGGAAAAUUUGUUAUUGGUGGACCACAAGGUGAUGCUGGUUUAACUGGACGUAAAAUAAUUGUUGAUUCAUACGGUGGAUGGGGUGCCCACGGUGGUGGAGCAUUCUCGGGUAAAGAUCCAUCAAAAGUAGAUCGUUCAGGAGCGUAUGCAGCAAGAUGGGUUGCCAAAUCUUUGGUGAAAGCAAAACUGUGUCGUCGAUGCCUUGUGCAAGUAUCAUAUGCCAUUGGUAUAGCAGAGCCUUUAUCAAUUACAGUAUUUUCUUAUGGCACAUCAAAAUAUUCAGAAGCAAAAUUAUUACAAAUUGUGAAAAGAAACUUUGAUUUACGACCAGGAAUGAUUAUCAAGGAAUUGGAUUUAAAAAAGCCAAUUUAUUCCAAUACGGCAUGCUAUGGCCAUUUUGGUCGUGACGAAUUUUCAUGGGAAAAACCAAAAAAAUUAGAAGACGUUUUAGAUAAUUAA